AUGGCCACCCUCGUCGACGAGUGCAAAGCUCUCAUUUCAGACUAUCUGCCAACCGUUUUCGGCCAAGGAGACUCCGAUUGCCUGGUUGAAGUCCAGCCUCGAAAAUUACUUGAUGGUUAUUCAGAUAUCCCCGUUGCCCUCUGGGGCCAAAGUCUCACUGGAGAGACUAUUCAGGUGAAUAUGCUGAACCCUGCGCUCCGGCGCUUCCUAGGUAGGUUUGCGAGCCGAGGCAUUGGGGGUGCUGAAGAGUACGACAACGUCAGAUACAGGUUCGUCAACAGCACUGCCGAUCCCACGGAGUCCAUCUCUAGCCUCUAG